AUGCGUGUCCGGCAUGGCAUCCAUACGUGGAAUGGGUCAAUCAGAACUAUCGAUGUCUAUAGGCGACUUCUUCAUAAGCUUCACCUUCUUGAACGGCUCGCCCUUAUUCUAAUCGUCUACCAUACUUAUCUACUACUUGGACGCGCUCUCACACAAUGGAAAUACACAUGCGUCAACGACGUAGACAAUUUGGGAUUUUCUCGUGCUCCGGCCGAAAAGAUAAAGGGUACAGCUGUAAUCUGCGGUGGAAGUGACGAAGCGAAACGUGUGGAUUCCUGGAACCAGAAAAACAUCCGGUCUUGCGUUAUGCAGUGCGACUCCCUGCAAGGUGUCCAAGUAUUCGUGUACAGAGGCUGUUGCAAACUAUUCCGGGGAUUUGAGAGCAAAUGUAAAGCCUUGGAUAUAAAUGUUUGCCCGGAAUACGACGGAGACCUUCCUAAAACCGUGUUUGUCAGUCGUCGGGGUCUUGAGACUCUGAUUUGCCGUCUUGUACUCAGCGAUCGGUAUGAGAAUAUCAAGCAAAUAACUGGGACUGCAACUGGAGUAUCCAGCAGCUGCUUUAAUUCUCAAUACCUCGAUCAAGUAACGAUCCGGACAGGCCGGGGCAUACGAACUGUCCAAGCCUCUAUGGUCACGCGGGUAAGUGAUAUCCCCGGCCCAAUUUCACAAGCGGCUGACCCGACAUCAUUCUCAGAUUGCACAGGUCCUGCAUGUGCUGGUAUUAAAUGGCUGAGGCGAGAAGGAUUCGGGAUAGCGGCUGAGUAUCCGAGACGAAAACUUCCCCUUGACGAGCUCAAAAUCGCAUACGACCAGAAGAUUCACUAUUCGACGCUUCAUUUCCAUGUCCCGAAGGAAAAUUGCACAACGGAUUAUACUGUCGACCAUCGAAGCAUAUACACACAACGCGUCGAGGGUAAUUUUAUCAAAGUAUACUGUGGUGCCUGGGGUGAUAUGGACCCGCCUCAAACUGUUGGAAGUCAAGCACUAUACGAAAUCGCGUCCGCAUUCGUGAGUCAUGCCGCACCGAUAACUUACACGCGAUUUGAAUACGCAGUCAACUUGCCAUCCAAUUGGGUGGCCAUUGGCGACAGUGUGACGAGGGUGAACCCUGUCUUUGGACAAAGUUGUACAAAAGCUCUUUUAGGCGCAGUAUGUCUGAAUACAAUGCUUGUAGGCGUUAAGACGACCGUUGCGCUUCCUCAAAAUUUCUCUAAGAUGUUCUUCGAAACACAAGGCGCUAAAAUCGCUCCUCUCUGGACCGACGUGAAGGCCGAAGAUUACGGAUACGAGACGACCAUCCCUGUUCCUGAGAGUACCUAUCAAAGGGGUAAUUCCCCCGGUGAUAUAUUAGGAGGCUCCACAUCGUCGCAUUCACGGACAAGCAGGCCGUUGGGGUUGGUGCUGAAGAUUGCAUGGAAUUCAUUAGAGAUCAUUGGGCUUGACAGAUACGAGUAUUCUGUGAUCUUGGUGGCGGAGGAUUGGGUUAAAUAA